AUGCAGGAACAAGCAACUAGCUCUCUAGCUGCAAGCUCUCUACCAUCAAGCAGCGAGAGAUCAUCAAGCUCUGCUCCGCAUUUAGAGAUCAAAGAAGGACUAGAAAGCGACGAGGAGAUACGGCGAGUACCGGAGUUCGGAGGAGAAGCUGCCGGAAAAGAAACCUCCGGUCGGGAGCCUGGAUCGGGGACCGGUCAGGAGCGGACACAGACAACUGUCGGAGAAAGUCAAAGGAAGCGAGGGAGGAGUCCGGCGGAGAAAGAGACAAAGCGACUAAAGAGGUUGUUGAGGAAUAGAGUUUCAGCACAGCAAGCAAGAGAGAGGAAGAAAGCUUACUUGGGCGAGUUGGAAAACAGAGUGAAAGACUUGGAGAACAAAAACUCUGAGCUUGAAGAGAGACUCUCCACUCUGCAGAACGAGAACCAGAUGCUUAGACAUAUUCUGAAGAACACAACAGGAAACAAGAGAGGAGGAGGUGGUUCUAACGCUGAUGCAGGCCUUUAA